CCUGCUAUUUAAAGUCACAAACGGUCCAUUGAAGCCAUUCAUUGACGAUGCCACCACAACUACCAUUUCACACACACACCGAUCACCAAAUUUCCCCCACAAAGUCAUAAAUCAUGUUCGAUCUUAAUCCCCAAUUCCUCAACAAACCAAAUCAUCCCGUGGAUAAAUUGAAUCACAAGUUCGUUGGGUGGAGCGAUUCUGGAUUUGCUCGAAACCAUGGGAAUUACAGACAGAGGUUCAACGGUGGAGGAGGUGUUGGUGUUCAGUUUAGAUUGGAAACCAUGGAGGAGGAUUCGGGGAUCUGUUCACCUCCGUUGUGGCGGAGUAUUAGUCCGCCGGAUAGUCCGGUACGAUUCAACAAUCCACGGCUUCUGUCACCGUCGUCGCGAGCCCAAGCCAUUGCUAGAGGACAGAGGGAGAUCAUGGAGAUGGUGGAGAACAUGCCGGAAACGUCGUAUGAAUUGUCGUUGAAAGAUAUAGUUGAACAGAGACGAGAUCUUACUGAAACUAGCCUUGAUGAAACACAAAGUAUGGAGGAAGGGGAAGAGAGAUCGAUAUUACGCGGUGGUCAAACCGAUAGUCAACGAUGGAGGAAGAGCAAGAAGGGCAGUGUAAAGAGGCAAGAGAGCAAUAAAACAGGAAGGAUCAUCGUUAAAAAUGGGAGUCUGAAUCACAACAAAGGACUUCUAAUCAAUAUGUUUUUUCCAUUUUCAAUCGGAUCUAAGAAGAAUAAGAAGAACAACAAAACUAGUAUUACAACCAGUUCAUCUUUUGGGAACCAUAUCGCCUCUGCAAAAUUCUCGCCGAAGCCUGAAUUAUUGGAUAAAUCCUCCAAGGACGGCGGCGGCGGAGGUGAUCGGAGGGAUGGGUGGUGGAAGAAAUUCACGGGUUCCAGUGAUAGCGAAAGCCUAAGGGUUACUAGCAGCAGCAGUGGCGAGAGCACCGGCAGAAGUGGAAGCAGUGGCAGCAGCGGUAGCAGCACCGCCGGCAGCCUCCGUAGCAACAGCACCAGGAAUAAUAGCAAUUGCAGUCACGGAUGUUGGUCGUUCUUCCCCUCUAAGAAGAGAAAAUCAUGAAGUUGAGAAACUAGAACAAUUUGUAGAGACGGGAUACGAGCACUUACGAAGACGUUUCCAUGGUAGGAUCAGUUGUGAGAAAAUGUCACGGCUUAUUACGAGCAUUGGUCUAUGGGAAUGGUAUAUUAUGUGCAAAACAUUGUAUUCUCUACUUAUGAGAAUGUCAUCUUUAUGGGGAUUAAUGUUGCGAUAAGGUUAAAUAUGAUAACAAUGAUUUAUUUACGUGUCAUAUAUGUAUAGAUUGAUUUGUAAUUUUCGAUAAAUAUUGGCUACGACACGAGUUUAUUUGGAAA